UUUCUUCAAGUAAAAGAUGAACCAGUACUUUAGGGUAACUUCAUUUAUUUGUCUUAAUAUUUUUUUGUUUGGUUUAGGAGAGACUGCCAUAAAUAAUGGUGAAUCUUGUCCACCUAAGGACACAAGGAAUGUUGGAGCUGUGGAGGAACCACUCCAGGCAGAAGAGAAAAAUAAAUCUUCAGAUAUUUCAAAUCAAAAAGAGCAAUGCCUUGUACCAUGUGAUGCUCAAGCUAAAAUUUUACGAGGGGACAAACAUUACAUGUGCAGAAAUUUGCAGAACUCUCUUGCUGAAUAUGCCAGAAGUACAAAAAAACUGGUAAGGGACAUGAUGGAUGAUCAACAGUCUUCACUGGAUUACCUUUCUAAUCAGGUAAAUGAACUCAUGAACAAACUUGUUCUUUUGAACACAGUAAUUUUGAGAAAACAACUGGAUCCACUUCCUUAUAAAGCAGUUCAAUCUCAUGGUUUGGACUGCACUCAUAUUAAAGAUACUGUUGGUUCAGUUUCAAAAACUCCAAGUGGUCUGUACAUUAUCCAUCCAGAAGGAUCAAAUUAUCCUUUUGAGGUUUUGUGUGACAUGGAUUUUCGAGGAGGUGGAUGGACUGUGGUUCAGAAAAGAACUGAUGGAAUCGUUCAGUUCCAGAGAACAUGGUCUGAAUAUCUGGAUGGAUUUGGUGACCUUAAUGGAGAAUUUUGGCUUGGACUGAGGAAGAUUUUUUACAUAGUAAAUCAAAAAGCCACUCAUUUCAGUCUUUAUGUGGAUUUGGAGUCAGAAAAAGACAAGCAUGCCUAUGCAUCAUAUGAUGGAUUUUGGAUAGAGGAUGAAACAUGUUCUUUUAAGAUCCAUUUGGGGCACUAUUCAGGAAAUGCUGGUGAUGCAUUUAGAGGAUAUAGAAGAGAAGAUAACCAAAAUUCCAUGCCUUUCAGCACUUUUGAUGUUGAUAAUGAUGGAUGCAGGCCAAUGUGCACUAUUAAAGGACAGCCAGUAAAGAGCUGCAGUAACUUCAGUGAGAACACUGGAUGGUGGUUCAGCAAGUGUGGCCUUGCAAAUCUUAAUGGUGUUCAUCGCUACACAGGCAGAUUCCUUGCAACUGGGAUUCACUGGGAUACAUGGACAAUGAACAAAAAACCAGUCAAAAUUAAAUCCGUUUCAAUGAAAAUCCGGAGAACCAACUAUCCCUAUUUCCAUUAACAUGUGAAAAUAGAAAUAUAUCUCUCCUUGCAAUUAUGUGGAAUGAUGUAUCAUUACAAUCUUAAAUACCUUUCAUCUUCAC